UAAAGUAUAUCCUCGUCUAAUGUGAGGAACGCCCCAAAAAACAUCAUCAACAUCCAGUACGCAACUCAACCCGAACCUAGUACACACUUUUCUUGUUUAUAUCUACUUUAAUUUAACAUUAGUUAACAAUAUCACCACAACACACGCAAACAACGCAACCCACAUGUGAUAAUACACAACACAACACAACACACCCUUUUGUACUUUGUAACGUUGUUCCUUCAAACACACACAUUUUUUUCCUUCUUCAUUUCAUGAUGGAAGAACAGCCACAAUCAUCAUUAUCAGAACUCAUAAUCUCUCUUGAACAAGCCACCUUCAUGGCAAAACAACUAUCAUCUUCAUCAUCAUCAAAUUCAAAUUCGACCAAUCCAACUCAUCUCCAUCAAAUCCACAAUUCCCUACACCAAGCCCACCAUCACCUCACCGCCUUCCUCUCCACUCUUCAAUCCCCUCCGCCGCCGGAAAACUCUGUCUCCUCAGCCAACGGAGCCGUCCCUAUGCAGCUAGCUGAUGACGACGAUGAUGAAGAAGAGACCUCAAAGUGCACAAUUGAUAGAGUUGAGCAGAAAUUACGAGACUGCUUCAUCAAAAACAAGCGACCAAAACGUCCCUUGUCGCCGUCUACGGUGGCCCAAGUGGAGGAGAAGCGAUUUUCCGAUGAUGGGUUUGUUAAGGAUUAUGAUUCACAUGCUAUCAAGUUGAGGGCAUUGGACCUUGUGUACCAGUUUCAUGGCUGAUGAUGAUGAUGUUAUUUUGCUUUUUUCCCUUUUUCUUGUGGCUUCAAUUCUCCUCCAUCUUGCUACAGAAUUUUUUAAUCUUUAAUUGUUUAGGAAUAAGAAGAUUAAUUUUUGGUGAUGAUUAUGGCUAUUAGGCAUGGAAGAAGAUUUGGGAUGUAAUAUAUCGUGGAGUGAGGCCAGGCUGCAUAAAUUUACCAAGUUUUAUGUUAUGCUAGUUCUUUGCUGAUUUUA